AUGAGCAGUACAGAACCUCAAAAAGACCCCGGCGUGGUCGAAAAGAAGGACAGCGCCAGCUCGGACCUGGAGCGCUCCAGCGCGCCCGCCGAACACGCGCACUACACGGGGCGCGUCGACGAGAAGGAGUACGGGCAUGUGCGGCGCGGGCUCAAGGCACGGCAUGUGCAGUUUAUCGCCAUCGGCGGCAUCAUUGGCACGGGGCUGUUUGUGGGGAGCGGGGCGGCGCUGCUGAGGGCGGGCCCGCUGAGCAUUCUGAUGGCGUACUCGAUCGUGGGGACGGUGAUAUACUCGCUGAUGCUGGCGAUUGGGGAGAUGACGACUUGGCUGCCCAUUCCGGGGGGUUUGACUGUCUAUGCGCACCGCUAUCUCGACCCGUCGUGGGGCUUCGCGAUGGGAUGGAACUACACGCUCGGGGCCGGCAUCACCGUGUGUGCAGAGGUGUCGGCGGCCAUCCUUCUGAUUGAGUACUGGAACGACAGUGUCAACAUCGCCGUGUGGAUUGUCAUCAUCCUUGGUGUAAUAUUCAUCCUCAACAUAUUCGUCGUCGAGGGCUACGGAGAGGCCGAGUUUGUGUUUGCGAGCAUCAAAAUCAUCACGAUCAUCGGCCUGCUCUUCCUCGCAGUCAUUCUCUUCUUUGGCGGCGGGCCGACUCAUGACCGCAUCGGGUUCCGCUACUGGAACGAUCCCGGGGCCAUGCGCGCCUACCUCAAGCCGGGCGCGACCGGGCGGUUCCUGGGCUUCCUCAAGUCGUUUGUGAAUGCCUGCUUUGCCUUUGGCGGGUCAGAGGUCAUCUGCGUCGCCGCAAGCGAGACGACGAACCCGCGCCGCAACAUCCCCAAGGCCGUGCGGAGAACGUUCUGGCGCGUGCUCAUCUUCUAUGUGUUUGGCGUGCUGGCGAUCGGUGUCUUGGUGCCAUACAACGACCCGGGCCUCACCACGGCCCUGGGCAACGGCGCAAAGGGCGCUGCAGCCUCGCCGUGGGUUGCGGCCAUUGUGAAUGCGGGCAUCGACGGCCUUCCCAGCGUCAUCAACGCCGUAAUCCUCACCUCUGCCUGGUCCUGCGGAAACAGCUUCAUGUUUGCGGCAUCCCGCAACCUCUACGCGCUCGCAAUCACCGGCCACGCCCCAAAGGUCUUUGCGCGCUGCAGCAAGCGCGGCAUCCCGUACUUUGCCGUGUGCACCGUCUUUGCCUUCACCAUGCUGUCCUUCCUGCUGCUGUCUGAGCGGUCGUCGGUGGUCUUUAACUGGUUCAUGAACAUCACCACCCUCUCCAGUCUCUUCAACUGGCUCACGCUCUUCCUGGCCACCAUCCAGUUCCGCAAGGCCUACCAGUCCCAGGGCAUCGAGCACUCGGCCCUCCCCUUCCACUCCGUGCUCAUGCCCUACGCCGCCUACUACGGCGUCACCAUGGUCACCUUCUUUAUCAUAAUCAGCGGCUUCGACGUCUUCUUCCCCCAAAAUUGGUCCGUCUCUGACUUUUUCGCCACCUACUCGGGAAUACUGAUGUUCGCGGUGCCCUUCAUCGGGCACAAGCUGUGGUACCGCACGAAGCUCACGCGCCCCGCCGAGAUCGACAUCUGGACGGGCAAGGAGGAGGUGGACGCCUACGAGCGCGACAACGUGCCGAAGGAGGCGAGGAAUGCGUGGGAGAAGGUGUGGUUUGCGAUUGCGUAG